AUGCCACCUAAGUAACUAAAAGGAGCUCCACCCGUCAAGCAAGAGGUAACCCUAAAGGUGUUCGGUAACUACUUCGUACCAGAGAUGAGAACAGUGUGCGCCUUGCUGGAGUUGAAUGAGAUUCCCUACCAAUGUGAAACUAUAAACAUUUUUUCCAAGGAGGGCAGAGAAGAGUAUCAAGGUUUCAAUCCUUCAUAAAUGAUGCCGACUCUGAUUGAGGGAUAUCAAACUAUCCUUGCUGAUCCCCCCCACAUGUAUAAGUACAUUUGCAAGACCAAGGACGUAGAUGAGAAGUUUUACCCAUAGAAAGACAUGAACAGAGACAAGAAAAAGCUAGUUGACUAGUAUCUUGAAUAUAUCUAGUGGAUGGUCAAGCGUAAUAGCGACAGAUUGACCAAGCUGAAGAUUGAAUCAAUUCUACUUGAAAGAGGUCUGAUUGAGAAGGAAGAAGUGAAGUUUAACGAUGGAGAAGAGGCCAAGGAAAAAGAUAUUUUCUUCAACAUCAUUGUGCCUAACCUCGAAUCACAUUUGGACGGAGGAAAGACGUAUCUCUGCGGUUAUGAUUUCUCAAUUGCAGAUAUUGCUUUCUUUAAUGAGUUAAUCAACGUGAUUGAAAUCAUCGAAUAAAAUAUCGACGCCAAGAGAUUCCCCAAUAUAGACAAGUGGAUGAAGAGAAUCGAGGAUAUCGGUCCCAUCAGAGUAGGCACUAUUAAAUUCCAAGAUGAAUUAAAGAAACUGCAGGAGAGAUUCAGAGCAUGA